AUGACAAGAAGAACCAACACCAAAAGCCGCCUGCUCUCCUCGGCAGUAGCACUCACCCUUCUCUCCACCACAACCCUCCUCCAAACCGCCCACGCCUCCCUCUCAUGCUCCUCCCCCUCAGGAUCCUACCAAGUCGGUAACACCGUCCGCCUAGAACUCUCCGGUAACAGCUGGUGGCCCCGUCUGCAGGACGUCUACUCCAUCACCGCCAACGUCUACUGUUCGUCCGGCUCCGGUACUGUUGCGUCCAUGUCUAUCAGUAACGGGGAUAGUUGGACGAUCCCGGAGAGUGCGUUGGGGAAAUGUUCCGGGGAUAAGAUGUAUGUCCAGUUCACUGGACAGAUGUAUGAUCUUGCGCAUCUUGCGCAUAUUCUGCCGUAUUGGGAGUCGUGCGAUGCGCUUACUGUUACCCCUGCACCACCCAAGCCUACGACGACGACUACCAAGGAACCUACCGUGCCGCCAACUCAGCCUCCUACUCAGCAGCCUCCGACUACGACUACAACGGUGCCGACUGAGGUUCCGCCUACUGUAACUAACCCUCCGACCCAGCAGCCUCCUACCACCGCAACGACAACGUCGUACUCGCCCGUCUACACGACCACAUACACUCUGGUACCGACGGUCAUCUCUGGAACCUCAACUUUCAUCUCUGUCACGACUGUGAUCGUCGUCACACCCACAGCCCUCCCCACAGUCCUGACGUCUUCCAGUCUACCUACUAACGGAACCAUCGUCCCAACCGACAACUCGCAACUCCCCGGUCUCCCUCCCUCCCCUGGCGGUAACAGCUCUACCAACAAGAGUGGAGGUAACACGAACGUCCCGGCUGCAGCCUUGGGUGCUGUCGGAGGAGUUGCUGCGUUGGCGUUGAUUGUCUUUGGAUUGGUCGUGACCCGUAGGAGAAGACGGAUGAGAGAGGAACAGGCGGCUAGCGUUGAGUUGGGUAGUAAGGAUGAUUAUUAUUAUGAUGGUGCUUCGUCGUUUGGUCCCGGUACUGGCGGUGCUCUUGCGGGUGCUGGCGCUGGCGCUGUGUAUGCUGGUGCGGCUGGGCGUCAUAGUUCGGAUGAUAGGUCGAUGCCUAGUUUGCACCAGUACCCACCCGUUCACCCUCCAGUUGAUGUAUCUGAUUCGUAUGGAUGGGACUUAAACACCUCCUAUGCCGCCGCCGGUGCCGCUGGCUCCUCUUCUGCUGCCGCUGGAGGUGACUCGACCCUGUUGCCAUUCCCGAUCCCAGCGACAACAAGCGACGCCCUGAAACAGCAAUACGAUCUCGCCAACCGCCUCUCUGUCGUCAGCCAGGACGACUCCAUGCUCGGUUUUCCACUGGUCCCCAGGUCCUCCUCACCCCAGGCACCUGCAUCCGCCACUACCGCCUAUGCACUGAACCAACAGAUGUCACUCAAACAAGAACUCGAUAACGAGGACGACGCUGCCUUUGCAGCCACCUCCCCCGUUGUCGCCGGAGGAGAAUCGCCAGAACUGUACUACCUCCCCGUAUCCGGAGGGUCCGGCGCCUCAGCAAUCACAUCUCCCAGUCAAGCGUUCCUCUCCGCGCGCGGAUCCCCCGGCGCCACCUCCGCUUCUGUAGCGGAUGGAGGAGGAGGAGCGAGGAGUUCGGUGUACGGAACUGUGCAUUCUAGUUCAAGUGCCUACGCGACUGCCGAUUCGCCUACGUUGAGUGCGGCCAGUUUGCAGAGUCAUGAUAUUGCCGUUCCUAUGUCUUCCAGUUCUGGAAGUGGGAGUGGAGGGCAUCAAAAUAUCCAGGAUCUGAUCCGGGAUGUUCUUCGCGAUGAUUAG